AUGGCUCCAUCCAAAGACGAUGGUGGAGAUUAUGGGCUUCCCGAUUUCCACACGAGAUUUAUACAGGACAAAGAGCUAGAACAGUUCGAGCACGCUCUCAGUGCCCCGGAAGCUUUACCUAUUUUUGCGAUUAAUGAUUGGCGCCCCAUACGUCGAAAAGUGCGGAAACCCGGGUCUCGUCGCAAGGCACCCAACAGAACAGUUGACGAAACGAGGGAGGGAUAUGUAUACACACUCCUCAAGUGGCCGUUGCUCUUAAUGGUCAUGGCUUGGAUUUUGAUUCUAGGUAUCCUAUACCUUCUGACUCGACUCUACAUCUACCUUUACGAACACUUUGUCACUUGGAGAGGGAGGAGACAAAUCUUGAGAAGGGAAAUGAGGGCGACAAAUAACUAUGAGGAAUGGAAACAGGCAGCAAAGAAGCUUGAUGCUUACUUGGGCAAUGACCGAUGGAAGGUGGUGAAUGAAUAUGCAUACUACGACCAUGCAAUUAUUAAUAGGAUCACCAAACAGCUGAAGUCCCUGAGAACUAAGGUGGAAAAAGUGGCAGCCAGCCGUGCUAAUGGUGUAGAUAUCAGUGACACACUCGAAGACCUCCGGGUUCUCCUGGAAGGGUGCGUCAAGAACAACUUUGGGGGUGUUGAGAACCCACGACUAUACAGCGAGACGUACUUUGGGACCAAAAACCUAGUUCAGGAAUUCAUCGACGAAGUACACACCUCUCUUCAACUCGUCGUUGAGAGCAAGCAAAUUCCCAAGGAUGUUAAACAAGUGUUUUUCAAACACCUGGAAACAAACUUUGGCCGCACAGCGUUAUGUCUUUCCGGGGGAGCUACAUUCUCGUACUACCAUUUCGGUGUCGUCAAGGCUCUCCUUGAUAAUGGCGUGCUCCCAAAUAUCAUUUCGGGGACUUCAGGGGGUGCUCUGAUAGCUGCGUUGGUAGCUACCAGAACGAAUGACGAGCUUAAGAAGCUCCUUGUACCAUCUCUAGCACACAAAAUCAAUGCUUGCGAGGACUCGUUUCAAACUUGGAUAGUACGAUGGUGGCGAACGGGAGCUCGAUUUGACACACUCGACUGGGCAGAAAAAUGCAGCUGGUUCUGCAGGGGCUCUACUACGUUCUUGGAGGCAUAUCAGCGAACUGGCCGGAUUCUAAAUGUUUCUUGCGUUCCAUCUGAUCCUCAUUCUCCUACGAUUCUUGCAAACUAUCUCACCUCUCCCCACUGUGUCAUUUGGAGUGCAGUCAUCGCUUCUGCAGCCGUCCCUGGUAUUUUAAACCCUGUUGUGUUGAUGAUGAAGAAACCAGAUGGAACCCUUGCCCCAUAUUCGUUUGGGCAUAAGUGGAAAGAUGGCAGUCUGCGGACUGAUAUACCACUCAAGUCAUUGGAUAUUCACUUCAACGCCACCUUCCCGAUCGUAUCUCAAGUCAAUCCACACAUAAGUUUAUUUUUCUUCAGUUCCCGAGGUAGUGUUGGCCGUCCUGUCACUCAUCGCAAAGGCCGUGGAUGGCGUGGAGGAUUUCUCGGAUCGGCUACAGAACAAUAUAUCAAAUUAGACCUGAACAAAUGGCUCAAGGUCCUCAGGCAUCUCGAACUUCUUCCCCGUCCUCUGGGUCAGGACUGGAGUGAAAUAUGGCUACAACGGUUUAGCGGCAUUGUUACCAUCUGGCCAAAAUCUACCCUCUCCGAUUUAUUCAACAUCCUCACUGAUCCCACCCCUGAACGAUUAGACCGCAUGAUACAAGAGGGUCAACACAGCACUUUCCCAAAGAUUUUGUUUAUUAAGAACAGGAUGAAAUUGGAGGAGGUCAUCUCCGGGGCUCUGGAACGGGGUUCACACGUUACAGCUCGUCAAAUUAACACGCCUUUCCCGCCAGAAAUUGAUCCAUCAGCCUAUGAUGGCCAUCUGGAUGAACACGCUGUCGACUAUGUGCCAGAUGCCUCUGCGGAGGAAAAUCCAGACCACUCUGCGGAUAAAAAUGAUACAGGACCUUCCGGGACAUAUGGGCGGAUUCCCUUUAAUCGUAGCAACAGCGUUAUGGAGGAGAUUAGAAGGCAGUCGGCUGUGUUCUUCGACGAUUUCGAUGAUACUUGCCCAAGCGAGGAUGAUAAACCAGCGUAUGAGCGAAAUAAAGGAACGGAGUUGGAAAAUUGA